UUUAAGUAGGCAGAGUUGAGACGGAAGGAGGCGGUAAUGCCCCAGUAUUUUGCCUACCAAUCACGGUAAAACCUCAAGAAGAAGAAGAAGACUUCCUGUGUUGAAUCAAGUAUUUCUUUCUUUUUUUUAGCGCUAAAAUCGCGCUGAAAGAAAAAGAAAUCAUCUCGAAUAAGUGGAAAAGUUGAGGCAGCGAUUUCCGGACAAGCCGUGAGUUAAAGUCUGCCCCCUUUCUCUCCCGGAAAGCUAAUGCCAGCUAGCCGCUCUCGCUCGCUUGACAGGUUACUACUUGAACAGGUGACAGCUGCGACUUUCUAGGUUUUUGGCGCUCGCUCGUUGUCUUUUUUUUUCUACUCCAUCCCUACUUCCCUCCUUCCCGGCUAGCCGGCCAAAGCAAAAUGCUUCGCGCGCGGAAAGCCGCCGCUUUGAGCCAGUCCAGAUGGCUGCGGUGGGCGUUUAGCAAGCGAAAGUCCAGCUCUUCUUCGGACUCCGAGUUCCUGCACAGGAGCAUCGUGCCCACCAUGCACUACCAGAAGAGUUUACCGAGGUUGCCCAUCCCAAAGUUGGAGGACACCAUCAGGAGGUAUUUAGCCGCUCAGCAGCCUCUGCUGGAUGAGCAACAAUUCAGAGAGACGGAGAAGGUGGCUCAGGACUUCCUGGCCGGCGAAGGGAAACGGCUACACCAGGAGUUGGUGGCUCAGGAUAAGAAGAACAAGCAUACCAGCUACAUCUCAGGUCCGUGGUUCGACAUGUACCUGUCGGCGCGGGAGCCGCUGGUGCUCAACUUCAACCCCUUCAUGUCGCUGGCGCCGGACCCCGAGAGCGAGCGCAACGAGCAGCUGGCGCGCGCCGCCAACCUGACGUGCUCGGCCGUGCGUUUCCUGAAGACUCUGCGCGCCGGGCUGCUGGAGCCCGAGGUCUACCACCUGGAGCGCUCGCGGGCGCGCUCGGACGCGUUCAAGAAGCUGGUCCGCUGGGCGCCCGCCUCGCUGGCCUGGUACGCCUCCUUCGCCGCCGGGGCCUUCCCGCUGGACAUGUCGCAGUACUUCCGCCUCUUCAACUCCACGCGCGUCCCGCGCGCGGGGCGCGACGAGCUGGUCACCGAGCCCGACGGCCGCCACCUGCUGGUCAUGAGGAAGGGACACAUGUACGUCUUCGAUGUGCUGGAUCGCGACGGCAACGCGGUGGCGCCGGCGCGCGUACGGGACAACCUCAGCUGGAUCCUGUCGGACGAGACGCCGGCGCCCGCCUUCCCGCCGGGAGCGCUGACGACGGAGAACCGCGACGUGUGGGCGGGGCUGAGGGAGAAGCUUUUGGCGGCCGGCAACGAAGAGACGCUGCGGGCGGUGGACGGCGCCGUCUUCUGCUUGUGCCUGGACGACGUGGAGCUCCCCGACGCCGUGCGGGCCUCGCACAACAUGCUGCACGGCGACGGCGUCAACCGAUGGUUCGACAAGUCGCUGAGCGUGAUCGUGGCGCGCGACGGCCACGCCGCCAUCAACUUUGAGCACUCCUGGGGCGACGGCGUGGCUGUGCUGCGCUUCCUCAACGAGAUCUUCAGCGACAGCACCCGCCGGCCGGCGGUCGCCCCCGGCAGCCCGGGGGCGGGAGGCCCCACGCCCGACGCGCGCCGACUCAGCUUCCGGCUUGAUGAUGAGCUGCGCGAGGGCGUGGUACGCGCCAAGGCCGCCUUCGACGCCGCCGUGGCCGGACUCACCAUCGACGCCAUGCAGUUUACAGACGGCGGUAAGGAGCGCGUGAAGAAAUCCAAGCUGAGCCCGGACGCGGUGGCGCAGCUGGCCUUCCAGAUGGCCUUCCUGCGGCAGUACGGCGUCACUCCGGCCACCUACGAGUCGUGCAGCACGGCCGCCUUCAAGCACGGCCGCACGGAAACCAUCCGGCCCGCCAGCGUCUUCACCCGGCGCUGCGCCGAGGCCUUCGUUCGCCCCGACCGUCACCGCGCCGCUCCCGAGCUGAUGGAGAUGUUGCGCCUCUGCUCCGAGCACCACGGGCGCUUGACCAAAGAGGCGGCCAUGGGUCAAGGGUUCGACCGGCACCUGUUUGCCCUGCGCCACUUGUCGGCCUCGACGCACGCCUUUUACGCCGACCCGGCUUACGCCGCCAUCAACCACAACGUACUGUCCACCAGCACGCUGUCCAGCCCGGCGGUGGGCCUGGGCGGCUUCGCGCCGGUGGUGGCCGACGGCCUGGGCGUGGGCUACAACGUCCACGACGACUGGAUCGGCUGCAACGUCAGCGGCUACCCGGCCCGCGACGUUUCAGAAUUUCUGCGCUGCGUCCGGCUGUCCCUGGAAGAUAUCUUUGCCGUCCUGGACGGGAAGGACCUCGCCCGCUGAGCCGAUGCAUUAUAUCGAUUGAGUGUAUUGCAGAAAAGAGAUUAGCAAAAUAAAGUCAUUUGGAAAUGGACGCUCCGUUGCGGCGGCGACAUAUUGCACGACUCCACGGUUCUGAGAUUCCAAUAGACGUGCUUUAGAAAUUGAUUUUUUUUUACCUAUUAACCAUUUAAACUAGAAAAUGACAUUUCUGGAAAAAUUGCCACACUGGCUUUGCUGUGAUGGUUGGUCUAUCAAGUCACUUGGUAAUCGAUGGGAGUAAAUGGAAAUGUUUUUGUGCCAUUGAAAAUGAAUGGGAAUUUUUGACCACUCCAAAUGAAUGGGCAAAUUUUGGCCAAACCCUGCAUGUUUUGGCAAAAACUAUACAACUUUUAUGUGCCUUGAUUUUCUGACGUUUUUGAGAUAUGGCUAAUGGGAACUGAUUAAAAACUAGGACUCUUCUGAAAAAAGUUUGGUCUCAUUGAAAAUCAUGGAAAAACUGCCCUGUUCAAAUACGUUUUGUUUUUUUUUGCUCUGUAAACAUUUGCAGGCGCGGUCAAAAGGGAGCUCGCGUUGCACGAAUUUUUGACACCCAUCAAAGUUGGAACCAUGUCAAUAGGUCAACUGGUUUAGGCAAGGUGGCACGCCAAAAAAUGAAUUAAGUUGAAUUUUAUAUGUGCAAAGCUUCCGUCAAUAAGCUAGUUAUGACUCGAAUGUCAAUGCAUUGAUUCUGAUGGGAAAUGUCGCCCCUACCAACAUGGCUGCUCUGAGGCCAUGUCGUUAGGGGCUUGUAAGCGCAGUCUUGCAGUGCUCCUGCAAUCAAAUUGACUUUUUCCAAUCCAUUUUAAAGUGGGAGGCUGCCAUGCAGCGAAUGAACGGCACGGCUCAGCGGUAGAAUUGUCAUCCCCCGACCCAGAGGUUGCGUCGCCAAAGUAUCCUUAACGUGGCUGUAUUAUGAAGCUUUUCUUGUAGUCACCGUCAAACUGUUUGCCUUACUCUAACACACUAAAUAUAAUCAGGGAAUAGCAUCGUUUCUCCUAUUUACUGUUUGUUGGUAUUACUCUAACACACCCAAUAUAAAAUAAAUAGCACUUCUACCAUUGUUUAAGGAAAAUAUAGGGCAUAAGAGAUACACGACGCCUUCUCACGGAAGCCCGACGUGCGAGUCAUGCAACUGACUGAGCAAGAUUGACGCUGACAAGCCCACGUCUGGUCUGCACCACCAACUCUCGCCAUCAGUUCUCCCGGACAGUCCAUAACAAAUGGCGGGACGCCCUGUCCCAACACAAGGAACACCGGUGAACGCCCGAUAUCAAACUGAAAACACAACUGGCAAGACCCCAAGAGCCCCUUUGACGCUGAGGUGGCAAAGUCCACAACGCUUGUUGCCCUGACAACAGUAACCCCCAAAUCCUGUCCAAUCUACAAACCGACAAUCUUAAACACACCCUUCUUCCCUGGCCACGAGAGCCUUCAAAAGAAAAGGAACCUUUUGUUGACGUUUGAUUGGGUGACCUUGCCUCCCCACCUGAGUCUGUUUCGCCUUACCGUUUGAUCGCUGUCGACCUGAAUAAAUUGUCAACUUGUUCUCAGCGAGCCUUCUUUAAACCUUUCAAAACAGUCAGUACAAAGGGUUAAGAGGAAGGUGAACGCGGGGAGUUUGGCCUUUUGGCCGGAGUCCCGCCAGCCCGGGUCGUUCGAGCUGCUCGCGGUUCGGUUGGCGCGAUUCCGGCGUCUGGCUAAAAGCUCCGAUUCCUUCGAUUAUCAGAUCGUGCCUUAAAGGCGCCAUACAAGGAGAACGCCACUCAUUUAUUCCCUGCAUGUCCGUUAAGCAAUGACUUUACAUUCAAGUGAGUAUCCAGUCAUUUAGUAUUCAAAGAAAUAUAUGUAUUUUUCAAAAAACUAUCAGUACAGUCAGGUAUUGGACCCGGGAACAAAGGUAUCAGUUGGUGGGUGCAACAAUCAUUUCAAGGAAAGAGUAGGAAGGGACCUGAUAUAACAAAACUAUUUCUCCAGAAAUGGCAUUUUGGAGUUCAAAAUAGAUGCGCUCGCUUCCUCCCACCGUUGGCAAACACGGUUUUAUUUGAAAAAGUGAACAAAAACAAGCAAAUGUACAAAAAGGCCAACUCCCCACGGGAAUUUAGAUGGGCUUGAUCUUGAAGUGAAGUCCGAUCAGGCUGAAGACCAGACACUUCAGGUCCUGCACCAGGUAGUAAAAGACGCGUAAACCUUCGGGAUCCCUGACAAAGAAAGACGGUGAAUAUUAAAGAGCGGAAAAGCCUGUCGGUCGCCCGCCCGUCCUCGUUUCCUCACUUGGACUGGUUGACGUCGAUCAAGGAGCCGAUUUUGGAGGUGGUGAAAGAAAUGUGCUCGUCCCCGAUGACGAUUUCCAGCUCCUUCCAAACAAAAAUGGCGUCAGCGGGAAAAGAAGUCUCCGGCCCGACCGGACAACUACCUGUCUUCCCACGCGGUCGGGCGGCGGCCACAGCGCGUCGUCCUCUUUGGUGAUCUCGCUGUCGUCGAUGAU